AUGGGCGCACAAAAGAAGAAGGCCAAGUUUGUAGCUAAAGGUCUACUGUCACAAAAGAUCAAGCAGCGCAAUGUCAAGAAAAAGUUUGAAUCCAUGAAGAACAAGAAGCGCAAUCGCUUUGAGCGCAACAGUGACGUGCCCAGCAAAAAGAAGUUACGCAAUGAUACGGCCGAGAGUGACAACACAAAGAAGGACGAACCUGAUAUGAUGGAUGAGAUGGACGUGGACGACUUUUUGAAUGCCGAUUUUCUGGACUCGGACAAUGAGGACGUGGAGGAGGUGGUUGACAAGGAGGAGAAGGAGGAGAUUAUAUCUACUAAGAGCAAGGCCAAAGCUACGAGUCAACAGGAGAAAGAAGAUGACGACGUGGAUGACGGAAGCAGCAGUGAAGAAGAGGACGAGAGUGCUCUGGAUCCUCGCUACAUGACAGGCACGUCUUUUGGUGAUGAUGACAAGGAGGAGGAGGCUGAAGCCGAAGAGAAGAAGAUGGAAGAAGAAGAAGCUGAUGAGAAGGAAGAAGAGCAGACUACUGGACGCACUGUUGUGACAAUGGCUGUUCUGCAGAAAGCCGAAAAAGAAUGUUUCGAGACCAAAUCGGUCUCGGGGCUGCGUCGCUUGAUGAAGAUCUUUAGUGACGCGUGUCGUUCGAGCGAAGCUGCUGAUGCUAGCAAGGAGAGUGAAAUUAUCUUUGAUGUCCAGAGCAGCGCCGUGUACAACCGUCUGAUGGUAAAUGUGUUUCGCAAGACACACGAGACGCUGACCGUGCUGGUGGCGUUGGAGUCAUCAUCGGAAGAAGAUACUGCCUUUAAGGUAGAUGACAAGAAGUGGAAGAAGUACGCGCUAGUAAUCCGUCGUUUCUUCAGCUGCGCGUGCUACUUGCUCGAGCAGACCACUGGCCAGGACAUCCAGGCCUUUGUACUGCGUGAGCUGGUGCAUUACAUCCCGUUUGUGGUGUCAUGUCCCAAGACCUCGCGAAGAAUGCUGAAAGCUCUACUAAAGCUGUGGGCAAAGUCGCUAAACGCGAACGUGUGCAUGCUGGCGUUCGUCCGCAUUCGCGACUUGGCUCUGGCUGUGCCUUUUCCGUUCUUAGAGCUCUGUCUGAAGGGUAUUUACGUGACGUACAUGCGAAACACAAAGUUUACGAACGAGGUGACCCUCCCCCACCAUAUCUUGAUGGGUAACUGUGUUGUUGAGCUCUUCGGGCUUGACCUGAGCAGCUCAUACCAGCAUGCUUUCGUGUAUAUCCGCGAGCUUGCUAUUGCUGUGCGCAAGACGAUUACAUCUCCCGGCCCUGACUCGUUCAAAGCUGUGCUCAACUGGCAAUUCUUCAACCAGUUGCGUGUAUGGACAGCCGUGGUGUGCGCGUACCCGGCCGAGAACCAGCUCCGUGCGCUUGUGUACCCGUUGAGUCAGCUUCUGCUUGCAGUUGUACGACUAUCGAGUACGCUGCGCUUUGCUCCGCUGCGUUUUCAUUGUGUAAAGCUGUUGCAGCAACUUGCGUUGGCUACCAAUUCCUUCAUCUCCACAGCUCCUGCUUUGCUUGAAGUGCUGCAGCUCGAGCCGUUCCGCUCGUCGUACAAGGCUAGUGGUGGAAAAAACGGAGGCAAAGGUGCUAAGGGGAGCAAUCCUACCAUUGAGGUGGACCUGGAGCUUUGCGUGAAGCUGUCGAAGACGGCAUUGGACGCGAAGCGCGUGCACGACCAGAUUAUUGUGCGGCUAUUUGAGCUGUUAGAGCGCGAGUGUGAUGUGUACAAGUUUAACGUGGCUUUUCCAGAGCUUGCCGUGCCGUUGCAGCUCACCCUGAACAAGUUCAUGCACGCAUGUGCCGUUCCGAAGUGGAAGGCACAGGUGCGUGGUCUCAGCGAUAGCAUCAAGAAAUGUGCCGACUGGAUCCGUUCAAAGCGUAGCGGUCUGGAUCUGUCACCCAAGGACACGGCUCAACUGGACAACUUUUUGCGUGCAGAGCGCGAGGCUGCCGUGAAGAAGCUUUUUGAGAAGGACGCGACAGAUCUACAGGAGAAACUCGAUGUUUCGGCCGAGGCGUCAAAGAGUAAACGGGAAGACAGCUCGGAGAAUCUUGAGAAGAAGAAGAAGAAGAAGAAACAGCGUGGCAAGAAGACGGGUACGCCUGUGGACGAGGAGACUGUGGCCAAAGUGAAGAAGAUGUCGCUCAAAGAGUUUCAAAAGUCUGUGGCCCAGGUGGACGUUGCUGAUCAAGUCGGUGACUUUAACUUUUCAUCGGAUGAGGAGUAA